GAAAGAUGGCCGCCGUAGCCGCGCUCGGCUGGAGUGCUGUGGACGAGGCCCGACGAGAUUUUAUUCGCGCAUAGUUUGGCACAAAUGUUAUCGCGCUGUUACAAACAUUGUCUAGCGACGCGCCUGGUGAACACUCCUUACCUUUUUUGCCCUCGUCCAUCCGCGAGGGCAGAGGCAGAGAUAUAGCACAGGUGUGGAAAAAAGGAUAAGACUAGGAUAUAUUUGGUCGGCCGCAAUAAAAGGAAAACACAAUUGUCACGGUGCGCAAGGUAGAUCGCAGCUCGGAUUUGCGGAUCUUUCAUUGCUGACUGAUAAGUGUUGCCGGAGUUUGCCGAAAUGUCCGACGGAGAGGAUGACUUUAUGUGCGAGGAAGAGGAGGACUACGGACUGGAGUAUUCGGAAGACUCGAAUUCGGAACCGGAUGUGGAUUUGGAAAACCAAUAUUACAACAGCAAAGCUCUCAAGGAAGACGAUCCCAAGGCAGCUCUGCAGAGUUUUCAAAAGGUUUUGGAUUUGGAAGGAGGUGAUAAGGGAGAAUGGGGCUUCAAAGCUCUCAAACAGAUGAUUAAAAUCAACUUCAAACUUGGUAACUAUAAGGAAAUGAUGACCAGGUACAAACAGUUACUCACAUAUAUCAAAAGUGCAGUGACGAGAAACCACUCGGAAAAGUCGAUCAACUCUAUUCUAGAUUACAUUAGCACAUCGAAAAACAUGGAACUAUUACAAGAUUUUUAUGAAACUACGCUGGAUGCUUUAAAAGAUGCCAAGAAUGAUAGAUUAUGGUUCAAAACCAAUACCAAAUUAGGAAAGUUAUAUUUUGAUAGGUCUGAUUUCAAUAAACUAGCUAAGAUUUUAAAACAACUUCACCAAAGUUGUCAGACUGAUGAUGGCGAGGAUGACUUGAAGAAAGGCACUCAAUUAUUAGAAAUAUAUGCAUUAGAAAUUCAAAUGUAUACGGCACAGAAAAAUAACAAGAAACUUAAAACCCUGUAUGAGCAAAGUCUUCAUAUCAAAAGUGCAAUCCCACAUCCACUUAUUAUGGGAGUAAUAAGAGAAUGUGGAGGAAAAAUGCAUUUAAGAGAAGGAGAAUUCGAAAGAGCACAUACAGACUUUUUUGAAGCUUUUAAAAACUAUGACGAGUCUGGCUCGCCCCGUCGAACUACGUGCCUAAAAUAUUUAGUUCUUGCAAAUAUGCUAAUGAAGUCGGGAAUUAAUCCUUUUGAUUCACAAGAAGCAAAGCCUUACAAAAACGAUCCCGAGAUUUUGGCGAUGACGAAUUUAGUAGUCAGUUACCAAAACAAUGAUAUAAAUCAGUUCGAGUUGAUCUUGAAACAAAACAGGAACAAUAUUAUGGACGAUCCAUUUAUUAGAGAACAUAUUGAAGACUUAUUACGAAACAUCAGAACACAAGUUCUUAUAAAGCUGAUCAAGCCGUACACAAGAAUUCACAUACCCUUUAUAAGCAAAGAACUGAAUAUCGAUGCAUCAGAGGUUGAAAGUCUGUUAGCAUCUUGUAUUUUGGAUAAUACGAUUCGAGGGCGUAUCGAUCAGGUGAAUCAAGUGCUGGAGCUCGAUAGGAAAUCAGUGUGUGCUGCGCGUUAUAAUGCCUUGGAUAAAUGGACUACUCAACUGCAAUCAUUGCACUUAGCUAUUGUGAAUAAAAUGUCGUAAAACAUGGCUGCGAAUAAAAAUUAAGGUAUAAGAUAAGUCGUGUUUGUAAGUACCGAUACAUUAUCGUCUCCGAUACAUGAUUAUAAUAAAGCGCACUACGAUAUUUUCCAUUUGCAGCCAGCCUUCUUUUUAAUUUAACGUGCUCUAAGUAUUCUUA